AUGGGCCGGCAGUCUGUGCGUGUCUCGGAGCUUUCGACGCAUGAAAAUGCGGAGCUGCGACGAGGUGGCUCGAUGAUGAAGGACAAAGAGCCCUUUGAAGACUCCAAGCGGCCUUGUCGGGAUGUGAUCUGGGCAAUCUUGUUCUACGUGUUGGCAGGAUUUCUGUGCUGGUGGUGCGCAUCUGGCAUCAUCGCUGCCACGGGGGCUGCCGACAAAGGACAGGCGAAAGUUUCCGCCAAGCUCCAUGCGUACGAGAACAGCUUGUUCGCUGUGGGCUACGCCUUUUCUGCAGCAGGCAUGGUGGCGAUCGUGUUCUCCCUCGUCUUCUUGGAGCUUGCCAAAAGAUUUUCCGAGCUGGUUAUUUGGUGCGCGCUGCUGCUAGGACCGACCGUCAUGAUCGUCGUGGGAGUCGGCAUGAUGGUCCCGGUGGAAGGCAAGUGGCCGAUGCCAGGC